UUUUUAAUCAUAAUUUUCAGUCAAAAAGAUUUGAGUAGAAAGUGUAGGGACUACACACUCUUCAUUUCUCUUUUUGUCCAUUUGGAUGUUGACAAGAUUCAUCACUACAAUUUCACUCUUUUCUCAGAGAUACUGUCACACCCACAAGCUUGAAAUCAUCCUUUAUGGAGUAUGAAAGAAUCGACAAGAGAAAUUUACAGCUGUCUCCUAGAAAACUGAGGUCUAUGCUACUGGGAGCAGAAAAGAAGAGGAAACAAGAAGGGAAGGAUGACGUAGUAGAAGAUCAAGAGCUUGAAUCUGCUACUGUGUCCUUGAGAUCCCAUUUGCCUGAGAUCCAUGAAUCCGGUUGUAAUUUGGAGAAUUACAAAGAUGUAAAUGUUGUAAGUGUUGUUCCUGAGAGUUCGACUUCCUUAGCACUUGAUUCAUCAAUGUCAUUGGAGAUGAUUAAUGACACGAGAAUCAAAGAUCAAUCUUUGGUUAGUACAAGAAUUAGGUCUCAAGAUGACAGUAGUUUGGACUGUGAUGGUGGAAUCGAUAGUGUUGGUACUGUAUCUCCUCUCUUUGAAUUUCAAAAGGCUGAACGGGCAGCACAGAGAGUGCCCCUAGCUCAUUUCUCAAAACCUGCCCCGUCCAAAUGGGAUGAUGCGCAAAAAUGGAUAGCAAGCCCAACAUCUAACAGGCCGAAGACUGGGCAGAGCAGUCAAGUUGUUGGAUCUCGCAAGACUAGUCAUUCUGGAUAUGGCUAUCGACAACAAUCUACAAAAGUUGUAGUUGAGGUUCCUGAUCAAAAAUUGGUUCCUUAUGAGGAGCCUGUUGACACAAAACAGAUAGACUCAGGCCAACCAAAGGACAGCGGUGUUCAGAAGUUCGUGAGUUGGGAGGCUGAGCCACACCCAAUUGCUGAAUCAUAUGUUAAGCCAAUGCUCAUGAUUGAAACAUCCAUCGGACAAUCAGCAAUAAAUCUGAGCCGUCAUGAUUCGUCUGUUUCUAUACAUAGUGCGACUGUUAUCCCCCCACCAUCAACUGCAAGGUCAGUCUCGAUGAGAGAUAUGGGCACCGAAAUGACUCCAAUUGCAAGCCAGGAACCUUCCAGAACUGGGACACCUGUGAGAGCAACUACACCUACUCGCAGCCCAACUUCUUCUCGGCCAUCAACUCCGGGAGCUGCACCAGCUUCCUCACCUUUUCGUCCUUCAAAUGAUAAUUUGGAUGCUCAUACAAAUGCAUUGUCUGACCAGGAAUUACAGUUGAAAACUCGAAGAGAAAUCAUGGCACUUGGAACUAAACUUGGUAAAAUGAAUAUAGCUGCCUGGGCUAGCAAAGAUGGUGAGGAUAGAAAUGCAUCCAGCUUGCUGAAAACUGAUAAGCAAGACCAACCAAAUACCACUGUUACUGAGACACGCGCAGCUGCUUGGGAGGAUGCAGAGAAAGCGAAGCACUUAGCCAGGUUUAAACGAGAAGAAAUCAAGAUACAAGCAUGGGAAAAUCAUCAACAAGCAAAGACAGAAGCCGAGAUGAGGAAAACUGAGGUGGAGGUGGAAAAGAUGAAGGCACGAGCACAAGACAAGCUAAUGAACAAGAUAGCUGCGGUUAGGUACAAAGCUGAAGAGAAACUGGCAGCAGCAGAAGCCAGGAGAAACAAACAUGCUGUAAAAAUAGAGAAGCAAGCAGAAUACAUUCGUAAAACUGGUCGUUUACCACACUCAUUCUCCUGCUGCCGCUGGUGCUUCUGAAGAGCUUCAAAUCACUAUCUAAUGCGCUGUAUAUUUUUGCUUUUCCACUAAGCUAGUAUUGUGAAGUUGGAGACUGCCUUUGUGUAUGCUUGAAGCUCUUGUACAAACUCAACUGGUUGGCCACUUUACAUGUAAUUGUUGAUCAAUGGAAGUUGAAGUUCAGGCAGUCUCCUGUAACCAAUUGUGAUUUGAUGAUUAAUGAAGGGUUCCUCCAAGCUUAUUAAUUUCAAGUUCUUGUACAUGAAUUUAGUAGUCGCGUAGUCUCUUAUUAUGUAAUGUGUAGUAAUAUUUGUUGCUUCGUUUAUUGUGUACUUUGCUAUAUUGUUAUCAUAUUUUCUUGAAAG